AGCAGGCGGAGGGUACUGUGGUUCUGUGAAGACCUGGACAGGUUCACCUGGCUCCUCACUAACAGCUCAGCUCUAGCAGGUGGCUGGAAAAAAAGAUUUUAAAAAUGGACAACUUGACUGUAUACUGCUCAAUUAUCGAAGAUAUGCGGAAACCCAUCAUUGCCCUAUCAGGCAAAAAUAAUUCUUUGGAUGCCAUUAAUUAUGCCUCGGUCUGCCUCCAUGUAAUCGCUUCAUUCUUUGGGGUGCUGGAAAAUGCUCUUAUCAUAUACAUCAUUGGGUUCCAAAUGACAAAGUCUGUAAUAACAGUGUGGAUCAUGAACCUUGCUAUCUCAGACUUAAUGACAGCACUGUCUCUCCCAAUUUUUACCUACUUCUUGGCCUCUGGGCAGACAUGGACUAUGGGAACUAUCCUGUGUCGAGUCUACUCUGCAGUAUUUUUCCUCAAUAUGUUUGUCAGUAGCUUCCUUCUCUGCAUUAUCAGCAUUGAUAGGUGUUUUUUGAUUGCUUUUCCAGUUUGGUCCCAGAACCAUCGGGAUGAAAUGCAGGCGUCACUCAUCUGUGCUGUUGUAUGGAUGUGUGCCAUUCUCAACACCCUGCCAUAUUAUGUCUUUCGAGACACCAUUCCAUGUCAUGAUGGCCGAAUUAUGUGCUACUACAAUUUCAUGCUGUAUAGCUCUACCACAAGCAAUUCCUCUGAAAUCUGCAAAACAAGGCAAUAUGCCUUUGCCAUCAGUAAGUUCGUCAUUGCUUUCCUUAUACCCCUUGUAAUUAUUACUGCCUGUUACAUAACGGUGAUCAGAAAGCUACAGAGUCGACGAAGGAAAACUCCUGGCCGGUUCUUCAAGCUCACUACUGCGGUUAUUAUUGCUUUCAUUCUCUGCUGGUUACCUUAUCAUGUCUUCAGUAUUUUGGAAGCAUAUGCAGAUUACAAAAAAUCCCUGAGGCCAUUGAUCAGAAGAGCACUUCCUUUCAUCACAAGCUUGGCUUUCAUUAACAGCCUUAUCAACCCUUGCCUUUAUGUGUUUGUCUGUCCUGACUUUACAGCAAAAAUCCAGCAAUCACUAAGAGCAGUCCUUGAACACGUUCUUGUGGAGGACACAGAGGUUUCCACCAUCUGCAGUAAAACACGACUUUCGACAAGCAGUGGGCUUCCACUUCAGGGUUACAAGUUUGUAAAAUGCAAAGGCAGAUGCCUGAGGGAUACAGCUGCCAUUACAUAACAUUACAUAAAACUCAUACAUUCUGGUCUGCAUGUCUUAGAGCUCAAUGGUAAUGUUUCACUUUGUAUUUCACUUUAUAUUUUCACUAUCCUCCUCCUGAAAAUGUGAUUAAAUAAAUAAAAAAUGUGUUUAAUUAUUUAGGAAGAAUAAGCAAGACUAUUACUGUAAACACACAUUUAUGCAUUUAUAUUACUUAGCAACAACUUGUAGCUUUUCCAUGAAAAUAUAAUUAUUAGUUGUCAAAUCUACUUACUGUAUUAGGCACAAAGAUUUCCAUAACUACUGUAAAAUUCACUGACAUGUAAAUACAGAGAAUAAAAUGUGAUAUGUAAAGUUAUGGAAUUCAGUUUAAACCCUCCACCCCCUUCCCCCAGUUACAGGAUACUUUUUAUAACAUCUUGACUUUCUUUCUAAGGGUUUAGGCAACAUAUUUACCAUGGUUGGGGGGGGGGGGGGCGUCACAUGCAGCAUUUGAAGCCUACACAUUUAAGACAACAACCACAUUCAAGCUAGCAAGCUAUGUCAUAAAAUCCAUUAUUUCAUUUUCUUUAUAGGUUCGUACGAAAGUAUUAAGCUAGCUGCCUUUGUGGGCCAUUUCAGGCCUAGCCAGUUUCUCUUAUGGUGCUGGAAUUAACAUAUUCCUUUUGAAGUUAGUUUGGUCUUACCCAUCUCUUUGUCAGUAAUUAUAUAUUACCCCAGUGAGAAUAACCGGGAUCAUACCAUAGAUAAUUUGAGGGGAUCCAUGCAUGGGAUAAAGCAUUUAUGAAUUGCCCCUCUCCAUUAGUAGUACAGGGGCAGUCCUGGAGUAAAGUUUCUGUUUCCCAUCCAUAGAUCCAAGAUGUGCUUGUAUAUGGACAGGCGUGAACAUUGUUUUAUGUGGCUGGGAGUCUGUUCUGGAAUAACAGUAUUCUCUGAGAUAAACCUCUUCCUCCAAACUACUCUGUUGAUGUUGCAAAUGAGGUUUACAUCCUUAGACUUAGUAUUUCUGAUGGUAUUUGACUUGCUGAUGUGUCAUAAAUCCAUCAGUCCAGAGGCUGGAGGAUGCCUUGUAUUCCAGACACAGGCAGCUCUUAGCAGUCUGUUUCUUAGUAUAGUGACAGGGCUUUGAGUCGGUCCGUACAGGACACAUUGUUUAGGCCUUGUAACCUUUUAGUAAGGUAUUUCUAUGGUCAUUCCAGUUGUUGUAUGUGUCUGGACAGAUACAUGCCAAAUGGGGUAUUAAACUCAAUAAUUGCCCUAAUGAGGGCUGACUAAAGAGGGACAAAGAGAUCACUAGAUCUAAACACAAUCCCUUUUUCUAUAAGCUGUGCAGUAUGGAAGGGCUUUCUUAUGACAAUGGACACAUGUUAACCAAAAGUUAAGUCUCUGUUCACAUAAGCUCACAAAUCCUAAACAACUGGGUCAUCUCUUAGGGGUGUACUGUCAAUGUGGUAGUUGUCCAGGGUACAUAACUUUCCAAAGUACAUGAUUAUGCAUUUUUUGACAUUUAGUUUCAAUCCAAGAUUUUGACGCUAGGUAUUUAUUUGGGACAAACCUUCCUGCAGGAAGAUUGCAUCAUUUUUUUUUUGGGGGGGGGGGGAGUUAAGGGAAUACGGCAGAAGUGAAGAGUUGCAGAUAUGCAGCUGAGUUUUGAAAUAUACAGAGUCAUGUGUUGUGCAUUAUCUAACCAAAGCCCAGCCUUUUCCUUAAGUACUUAAUGAUACAUUUAUUUUUCUCUUGCACUAAUUAGAAUGGACAUUUAAAAUGAAUGUUAGCCUCAUUAAACUUCUGAGUCUCUGGAAGAUGCUUACAUCUCAGAAUAGCAUCACAUUUUUUCCUGUUGUACAGAAAAUGUGAUUUGUAUAAUAAAGGUAAGAUGAAUGACAUCUUUCAACAAAUUAAUGCAGCCAGACUAACACAUUUCAUGCAGAGGUAGUCCUCAUAUUCUCUGUUUGACUGCAAAAUAUAAACCAUUUAUUUUACAGUAUGCUCUUAAAGUUCUAACAUAUCACAGAUAUAUUACAUAUUACACUGUAGAUAGUAAGAGUUUUGUUAAUUUCAGACAUAGCUAUUUUCUUAAAAAAACAGGCAUAGAAAAAGAUUUGGCUUUUGACAGACAUUUUUGUGUGAAGAAUCAAUAUUAUUAGUUUUCACUGUAAAAAGACUAAUAGUUUUGUUGAUUGGCUAGUGCUUUAUAGCACAACCAAUGGCCUGAGUUAGUGACCCAAGAUGCAAAGGGUCAGCUGAGAGAAGAAUGGCUGGGCUUUCUUUGAGUGAGGGUAUGAGACAGUCCUCCACAGGUAUGCCAUCUAGCAAAUGCUAGUAUCAUGGAAAGAACAAUCAAAAAUGACUAAAAUGGAGCUCCUUAAGUGUAAGUUUACUUUGUAGCAAGCAAAGCAUAUCCUCUCAGAAUAUUGCACUCACUUACAGGUCUGCAUUGUACAGCCUUACCCCAGUGAGAAAUCAGUAAGCCUUUAAAACUAGGUCAAUAGUGUGAAGUCAGCAUACUGUGAUAAAUUUUGUUGAUCACAUUUUGGUUAGUUUAGUAUUUUCCAAAUAUUUUAGUGAUGAAAUUCAUCAUAUGGGUGAAAUCAGUCACUUUCUGAAAUGUGGAAAACCAUAGAUUUUGCUCUAUGUAGCAAAAUCUAGUUAAACUGUAGGAAGGCAGGUCAUGUGACAUCAAAUCUGGAGCUCUGCAGCAAAGUGAUAAUUCUGGGACACAUUUGCUUGAACUGUACUGUAUUAUUUUAAGCUAGUGGACAAGCCAGACUAUGUUAAAGUGCUUAAAUAAUAAUAAAUACAUCAAUUCAUCAUAUACUAACAAAAAUAUCACUAUAGGUAAAAAGCUGUACCAAAUACCAAUAUAGGUGAAAUUACAGUUUGGCCACUCUUGACCUUAAUGCUGACAUAAUAGAAAUAUUUUCAAUCAAAUCGGGAGGGUUUGAAGAGUUUUUGUUUCUUUUCAUGUAUUCUAACUAUUAAAUAAUGAUUUUUUUAUGAUGUUAAACAGGAUUUGAUACAUCAUAUUUAAUGAAUUGAGAAAUCACAAAUAUACUGCUCAUAUAUUUUAUUGAGUGAUUAGUUUUAAUAACAUUUCCUUAGAAGAUGUAUGAAUGGUUUAAAGGUUUUGUAUUUUAA